AUGGAGUUGGUCAACGCUUGUGAUCUCGCCAUCACCGUGGCCUACUUUUCGAUUCCGCUACAAAUCUUGGUUUCCUUAUGGAAGUCGCCUCCCGGGCGAAAGGUCCCAUUCAAGCUGGUUGUGACACUGGUCUUGUUUGCCUUUUUCAUCUUUCUCUGUGGCGCUGGUCACUUGAUGCGAUACUCUGGAUAUGGACACACGGACGCAUUUGUUUACGUGAAUGUGGCCACAGCUUUGGUUUCCAUUGUGACCGCGUUGUACCUGGUUCCCUUGAUUCCAAGCAUGUUUUCUCUUUUGGACGAAUCUUUGAAUCGACUGACGAAUGAAAGCAGAGAAUCCAAGUCGAAGUUGUUCACAUUCAUGGCGUUUCUGUGCCAUGAGAUCAGAAACCCACUUUUCGCGAUUACCAGCAGUGCUGAGUUCCUGAAGGAUACAGAAUUGCACGCAGAACAAGCCGAGGAAGUUUCAAGCAUCUGCGACUCUAGUUUGCUCAUGCUCCGCCUUGUCAACGAUGUUUUGGAUCUGAGCAAACUUGAUAGUGGCAAGUUGGAGCUGGAAAGUCGCGAGUUUGAUUUGCACUCACUGCUGAGGCGUUUGGGAGAGAACAUGACACGCCAAGUCGACCGAAAGCACAAGGGCGGCGUGAGACUGCACUUUGCCAUGGAUGCGGAUAAGAUACCCCAAAUCAUCAUUGGCGAUUCUUGUAGGAUCCUUCAGAUCGUCUACAACCUCCUGUCCAAUUCCGCCAAAUUCACAUCGUCGGGCAAGAUCGAUAUGAUGGUACGAAUGGCCAACGAUUCAGAAGAAUUGGCGGAACAAGAAGCUGCUCGCAAGGCAGGUGCACACACGGUGACCGUGUCCAGCGACCGCCCCGUGUCAGUUCUCGCAACAACAGACGACAAAAACUAUCCACCCGAGAAGAAAGACGAGGAGGCUGGUCUUUUCUCCAUGGCCUUGUUGGAUGGAGAUGCCAAUGCUGAUCUCGAGGCCGGUGAGCGGCGACCUUCCUUGGAAGCUGCCAACCCUGACGAGGAUAUCAUGGUAUUGAGCAUUACAGUGGCAGAUACAGGAGUCGGCAUCCCCGCUGGUCGUCUCGAGACUAUCUUUGAACCAUACACCCAGGCGAAGCUCUCAGACUUCAGGCAACACGGAGGAACAGGAUUGGGACUGUCCAUCAUUUCGAGCCUUAUCAAAGCCAUGGGCGGUACGAUCUCUGUCACCAGUAAGGCAGGAGCAGGAACAAGCUUUCAGAUGAAGAUUCCAGUACGAGUUCCCCGUCGUCCUACGCUAUCAACUGAACACCCGGAAGGGAGCAACAGUACCGAGACCACAUCGUUCGACAAUCAGUCUGGUCGUUUUCUUGAGUGUCGUCGUCUUCCAAACUUUGGAGAAGACCCCACUUCGAACGACCCUAGGUCAGGGGGCACUGGCUCUGCUCUGACCAGCGGCUCGUUGCCCUACCCUCCAAGUGUCCAAACGCAUCCAACACGAUCGAGAGCUUCAUCACCGUCGGCCAAUGAAGCAAGCCUUGGUUCCUCUCCUGUUGGACCUGUUGACUUGCUUUCCGGACAAGACACCCCCACAACUGACAAGUUGUUUGAGAUGGACUUCACAAGCCGAAGCGUUCUAGACGAUCCGACUUUCGAUGAGCCUCUGGUGAAGCCAAUGACGACAAGGACAAGGACAUCUUCUCCUCUGCCUCCCUUCAACUUUAUUCCAGGGUCGAAUGUUGUCCUUGUGGUCGACGACAAUUCUGUGAAUAGAAAAAUUCUAGGCAAGAUGCUCAACACCUACAAGAUUGAACACCGAAUGGCCGGCAAUGGGCAAGAUGCUGUGGAUGCCCUGUUGGCAAGUCGCAACUACGGGCCCAAUAUACUUGACCCGUCAUUGCCGCUCUAUGGCCUGGUCUUCAUGGACGUUCAGAUGCCAGUUAUGGACGGAAACGUUGCGAUCAGGACCAUCAGAAAGGCAAAUAUUCAGGUACCCAUUGUGGCCUUGUCUGCCAACGUCUUAUCUCAGGAGCGUGAUCGCACCCUUUCCUUGGGAGCUGAUGCAUCACACACGAAACCGAUCCUCCGCAGAGACCUGCAUAUGCUCUGCACGAGAUUUCUAUAUCAGAACGCUCCAAACCAGCAAUAUCCUCCGGCCUCCCCCUCCAAUCAACAUGUUGCAGUACCGGUAGGGGAUUCCAGCACCUCGUCAGAAAGCAGCAGCGGAAGCGAAGGGUCCCCUCAGUUCAUUGAUUCAUCCAUCCUAUAA